AUGCAAAUUGUGACCAAAAAAAUGAAUACCACACAGCAGCUUUCAAAUGGACCUGAGGUACCGAGCAAUCAGCUCGUAAAACACCGGGAAGACUCAGAACAACGACAUAGCACGAAGACCAGCAGCGAUAAAGAACAAUUCAAGCAACACAUGCACGACGCUAGCGUCACCAGUCCGCUAGAUCACAAUGGUUACAAGGGAAAUGGUCAAGCCGAGUAUGAUGACAUCGAAUCCGUUUCUAGAUUGGUCACUCGCGAGAUGCUGACCUCGACACCAGAUUCCGCUAGUACGUAUGCUGCAUCAGUGAACGAUGAGCUCGUACACGACGACAAGCUUAAGGCCCCACACACGUUAUUGAACCGCUGGCAGAAAUGGGCAAUGGUAGGUUUGCUUACGUCAGCGGGAUUCUGGUCGUCGUUAGGAUCGCCCAUUUACUAUCCAGCUUUGAAGCAACUGGAGAAACAGUUUAACGUUGACGAAGAGCUUGUGAACAUCACGGUGGUGGUUUACCUGCUAUUUCAAGGUAUCGCUCCGUCGAUUUCUGGUGGACUUGCCGACGUAUAUGGCCGCAGACCGAUUAUUUUGUCGGGGAUGCUGAUAUACGUUUGUGCAUCCAUAGGACUGGCUUGUGCGAACUCCUAUGGCGUGAUUGUGGUUUUGAGGUGUCUACAGAGUGCAGGAAUUUCCCCGAUCAUUGCGAUCAGCUCUGGUGUAACAGGCGACUUCACCUUGAAGCAUGAAAGGGGCACGUUUGUUGGAGCUGUAUCGGGAUUCACAUUAACGGGACAGGCUUUUGGAUCGUUGAUCGGUGCCGCCUUGACUGCCGCUUAUGACUGGAGAGCCAUUUUCUGGUUUUUGACCAUCGGCUGUGGUACUUGCCUGAUUGUCAACUUUUUUCUACUUCCGGAAACAAAACGGACCAUUGUGGGGAAUAUGUCCAUCAAGCCCAAGAACAUUUUAAACCGUUCGCCGGUUUUUCUUCUAAAAUCGGUGAGAAAGCAAUUCAGGUUGUCAAAUCCAGACUUGGAGACUCUAGAUGUCAAUAAGCCUAAAUUUGACCUGAUUUCCACGUUCAAAAUUCUAGCACACCCUGAAAUUUUAAUGUCGCUGAUGCCUGCAGGUCUACAAUUUGCUCUUUGGACGCUAACUCUCACUUCACUGUCAUCUCAACUGACAGCCGCUCCAUAUAAUUACAAACUUACUAUUGUGGGUAUCUGUUACCUGCCCAGUGGCAUUGGUGGUUUGAUUGGGUCGUUUGUGACUGGGAAAGUCAUAGACGUGUACUAUAAGAGGGCAGUGAGAUCAUUUGAGAGAAAGAAAGAGCAGGGCCUCAUUCCUCCAGACGCAAAGUUCAAUACUCUCAGAUCGCGACUAUUCACCUCAAUUCCCCAAAACUACAUGUCCGUUGCAGCAUUCACAAUUUUCGGAUGGAGUAUACAAAAAGGCUGGCACAUUUCCGUUCCGCUCAUUACAUCCGCCAUAGGGUCUUUCUGUGCGAUGAGUACACUUUCAUCGUCGUCCACGUUGCUGGUUGAUCUUUACCCCAACCGCUCAUCAACCGCUACCAGCAGCUACAAUUUCGUGAGAUGCACAUUGAGUGCUAUUUUCAUGGCUUGUCUGGCUAAAAUGAACAAAGCGUUGACCAUAGGUGGAACUUUCACUUUAAUAAGCGGGUUUGUCUUCAUUGGAAACCUCGUCACUUUGAUCCCCAUUAUGUAUGGAAUGAAGUGGCGCGAGGAAAGGGCGCUACGGGCCGAACGGAAAGCGAUGAUGACUGAAUGA